AUGGACAGAGAUUUGGUCCACCGCUCUCUGCGAAAAGUAGCACUGACGCGCCACGUUUGCACUCUACUCUUCGACCCGAUAACUUUACCCUAUCCCCCCGAGGAAGCUCUCAACACCAAAAAGCACGAAGGACUUCGGAUCGGUAAAGCAGCAGAAAAGCUCGACGAUGAACUCAACACGUACAUCGCGACCUACGCAAAGGCAGAAUGCAUGACACUAGCCACGCUGUUCCAAAGCAAACUACCACGAGAACUGCGAGACAUGGUGUACGCCCAUCUACUGCCGCGGGAGACUUACAUCGUCGGGCGCCGUGAUCGCAACGUUCAAUGGCUUGACUCCCUACGGCAGAACGGUUGCGAUCAUCUCUUCGUGCAUGGAUACACCCCGCUCGACACCUUGAAAGAGGUUAGCGAAAUGUGGUACGAGGUGUCGACAUUCAUCGUCCUCGGCUUCCCCUUAGGGCGUGGUAGCAACUCCAAACGCGCUUCAGCUGCCUUGGACUACCUCCUCCACGACAGAUGGGGUCUGGACAUCGAUGUACGCCAGCACGUAAAGCACAUCUAUAUUCGCCUCGAAUAUACCGGGGAUGUGUAUGACAACAUCACCCAGAUUGCCGCUAACCUGCGGUGA